ACAUGAUGAGAAAAACGAGAGCUUGGGUGGGAUUUUCUCAUUCAAGGAAAAACUCAUUUGAGUUUAUUAAGGAGGCUGCUCUACAUGCCUCUCCUUUGAGAGAAAUCCACUCUUUGAUUUCUGGGUUUUGAAGGUAGAGAUCUGUAGAAAUGGCAGGUGGGUCUUUUCAACCAUCAGGUGUGGCUAAGGAAAGAGCUCAAGAGUAUGAAGGGAGGGUCACCUUGUUUGUGGUCAUGGCGUGUUUGGUCGCCGCCAUCGGUGGAUCGAUCUUCGGUUAUGAUAUUGGGAUUUCAGGAGGAGUUACAUCAAUGGAUCCAUUCCUGAAGAAAUUCUUCCCAGAAGUGUAUAGAAAGAAGAACUACCGAACUGAGAACAACUACUGCAAGUAUAACAAUCAUGGCCUAGCUGCAUUCACCUCUUCGCUCUAUCUAGCAGGCCUUGUCGCAUCACUGGCAGCCUCACCAGUGACUAGAAAGUACGGCCGACGGGCCAGCAUUUUGUGUGGUGGGAUUAGCUUUCUUGUUGGGGCCUCCCUCAAUGCCGGGGCCGUAAAUUUGGCAAUGCUGCUAUUGGGUCGGAUCAUGCUCGGCGUCGGGAUUGGAUUUGGAAAUCAGGCUGUCCCUCUAUAUCUAUCAGAGAUGGCCCCGGCCCACCUCCGAGGCGCCUUGAACAUGAUGUUUCAGCUGGCCACGACGCUCGGCAUCUUCACCGCCAACAUGAUCAACUAUGGGACACAGAAGAUCAACCCAUGGGGAUGGAGGCUGUCACUGGGCCUAGCCAUGUUCCCCGCCUUACUAAUGACCGUCGGUGGCCUCUUCCUCCCCGAGACGCCCAACAGCCUGAUCGAGCAGGGACUGAAAGAUAAAGGACGCAAAAUCCUGGAGAAGAUCAGAGGCACCAGUCAUGUGGACGCCGAGUUCCAAGAUAUGAUCGAGGCCAGCGAGCUUGCAAACUCUAUCAAACACCCAUUCAGAAACAUAUUGGAGUCCCGGAACAGGCCACAGCUGGUAAUGGCGAUCUUCAUGCCGAUGUUUCAGAUCCUUACCGGCAUCAACUCGAUACUCUUCUAUGCUCCAGUCCUCUUCCAAAGCAUGGGUUUUGGUGGGAAUGCAUCACUCUACUCUUCUGUCAUGACAGGAGCAGUUCUAGCAUCUUCCACUGUCGUCUCGAUUGUGACCGUCGAUAGGUGGGGCCGGCGGGCUUUGCUGAUCGGCGGUGGGAUACAGAUGGUCAUAUGCCAGAUCAUAGUAGCCAUCAUACUGGGCCUCAAAUUCGGCACAGAGAAGCAACUCUCAAAGGGCUUCUCAAUACUAGUCGUUGUGUUCAUCUGCCUCUUCGUGGCAGCCUUCGGAUGGUCGUGGGGCCCACUCGGGUGGACUGUGCCGAGCGAGAUAUUCCCGUUGGAGACCCGAUCAGCAGGGCAAAGCAUAACUGUGACCGUCAACCUCUUCUUCACAUUCGUCAUCGCCCAAGCCUUCCUUCCACUCCUCUGCUCCUUCAAGUUCGGGAUCUUCCUCUUCUUCGCCGGAUGGAUUACAAUCAUGACCAUCUUUGUCGCAAUCUUCCUGCCUGAGACGAAAGGAGUGCCAAUCGAAGAGAUGGUACUGCUGUGGAGAAAACACUGGUUUUGGAAGAAACUAAUGCCGCCUAUUCAAGAGCUGGACAAUAGUAACGGCCAGCAAGCUGAUUUACCCGAGCUUCGUAACUAGAACAUGGAUAUUUGUGUUUGAUACGAUAUAUGUUUUUGAUAGGAUUAUGUAUUUGAUUAGAAUCUUGCAACCACUCUAAAACAGGUACCUGAUUCCUCCA